AAACCCAUCAUUUGAAAAAGAAAAGGUCCAUCAAUGGCAAAGCUUCUUGUCUUAUUCUUAUUAUUAUCCCUAACCUUCCUUUCCUUCCUUUCCUCGACCCUGUCGAGUAGUGUCUCUGAUGGCAUAGAUUCGUGGUGCAGCAAAACCCCACACCCAAAAACUUGCAAGUACUACAUGAGCCACAAUCCCAAAUUCACCGGUCAUUUACCAAAAUCAAAAUCCGAGUUCAAGAAAGCCGCAGUCAAUAUAGCCUUGGAUCAGUCCCUUAAAGCUCAGAGUCACAACAAGUGGCUUGGGUCCAAGUGCCAGAACAAUAAGGAAAAGGCUGCAUGGGCUGAUUGUUUAAAGCUUUAUCAAGAAACCAUCACCCUGCUAAACCAAACCCAGGAUCCCGCCACCAAGUGCACCGACUAUGACGCGCAGACCUGGCUCAGCACUGCUCUUACAAACCUAGAAACCUGCAGAGCCGGCUUUGCAGAGCUAAAUGUUCGAGACAAUAUAUUGCCCCUCAUGUCCAACAAUGUUUCAGUCCUCAUAAGCAACACUUUAUCCAUUAACAACGGUUCACUCCCACCAGAAACAAAAAGAUACAGAGAUGGCUUUCCGAGCUGGCUUUCCACUGGUGACAGGAAGUUGUUACAAUCUUCAACACCCGCUGCAGACCUGGUGGUGGCGCAAGAUGGAUCGGGGGAUUACAAAACUAUUACCGAAGCUUUGAACGCAGCGGCAGAUAGGAGUGGGAGUGGAAGGUUUGUAAUACAUGUGAAGAGCGGUGUGUACGAGGAGAACCUAAAUAUGGGAAGUCAAUUCAAGAACAUUAUGUUGCUCGGUGAUGGGUUGAGGUGGACCAUUAUUACAGGUAGCAGGAGUGUUGUCGGAGGCUCCACAACUUUCAAUUCUGCAACAGUUGCGGUGACUGCCGAAGGUUUCAUUGCUCGUGGCAUCACAUUCCGUAACACUGCCGGUCCAGAGAACCAUCAAGCAGUGGCACUCAGGUCAGGCGCAGACCUGUCGGUCUUCUACCGGUGCGGCUUCGAAGGAUACCAAGACACCCUCUACGUCCACUCACAGCGCCAGUUUUACAAAGAGUGCUACAUCUAUGGCACAGUAGAUUUCAUUUUUGGAAAUGCCGCAGUAGUGCUCCAAAACUGCAUGAUCUAUGCAAGGAAACCCAUGAGCGGGCAAAAGAACACGGUCACGGCCCAAGGCAGGACCGACCCUAAUCAAAACACAGGGAUUUCGAUCCAUAAUUCACGAGUCAUGGCCGCAGCAGACCUCGUACCGGCGCUUGGCUCAGUGAAAUCUUACCUGGGUCGACCAUGGAAGGAGUACUCGCGAACGAUUUUCAUGAAGACUUAUAUCGACACUUUGGUGGAUCCAGCGGGCUGGCUGGAAUGGGAUGGUGAUUUUGCGCUUGAUACAUUGUAUUAUGGGGAGUACAAGAAUAUCGGCCCGCGUUCUUCGACGAGUCAAAGAGUGAAUUGGAGUGGUUAUCAUGUUAUAACCAGUGCAAGCGUGGCUUCUCAAUUCACGGUUGAGAAUUUUAUCGCCGGGCAGUCAUGGUUGACGGCAACUGGGGUGCCAUUUGUUGCUGGUCUCUGAUAAAAUUGAACAGUAUUUUGUUCGGUGAUUAUUAAUUUGUUUUAUUCUAUGUAAUAAGUUCAAAUCACGUCCAUAUGGAAUAAAAGAAAGUACAGAUCAAGAAAUUCUUUGUUCUUUCAAGCAGAAUAAAUAGAUGUAAAUUACAUUCUUUUUCCGAAAA